AUGGAUGAGGAGUGGGGCAGGGAGAAGGCCAAGGACUGGACUCCUGCUGCAGAGGGAGGAAAAGGAUUUGGGGACAGGAAUGGCCUGGGAGUCCAGCCAGGCGUUGGAGGGGGUAUAAAACCCCACAAGCCAGGGUUUGGGAAUGGGAACGGGCAUGGAGCAGGGGCCUUCCCAGGUGCCGCAGCCCAACCAGGCUUUGGGGGUGCUGUGAAGCCCCAGAAGCCAGGAUAUGGAAAUGGACUGGGCGCUGGUGCCUUCCCAGGGCCGGGGGCCCAGCCAGGCCUGGGAGGGGGGAAACCUCAGAAGCCAGGCCCUGCCCCUCAAAAUGGUGGCCCGGGACCAGGAAUCGGAGGGGGAGUGAAACCUCCAAAGCCAGGAUUUGGCAACGGGAAUAAGAUGGGAGCCCAGGCCUUCCCGGGAGGCGGAGCCCAGCCAGGCUUGGGCGGAGGCAUGAAGCAGCAGCCACCAGGUGUCGCAGCACAGAAUGGCUUUGGACCAGGCUAUGGAGGGAAUGGAAAGCCCCAGAAGCCAGGAUUCGGGAACGGGGCCUUCCCGGGAGCAGGAGUCCAGCCAGGCAAGGCCCUGGAGCUCAGGAGUCUCGGAGGACUGAAACCUCAGAAGCCAGGCUUUGGAGCGGGUGUGAAACCCCAGAAGCCAGGCCCAGCAGCCCAGAACGGAUUUGGAGCAGGCUUCGGGGGAGCCAUGAAGCCCCAGAAGCCAGGCCCUGCAGCUCAAAAUGGCUAUGGACCAGGCUUUGGAGCGGGGAUGAAACCCCAGAAGCCAGGCCCAGCAGCCCAGAACGGAUUUGGAGCAGGCUUCGGGGGAGCCAUGAAGCCCCAGAAGCCAGGCCCUGCAGCUCAAAAUGGCUAUGGACCAGGCUUUGGAGCGGGUAUGAAACCCCAGAAGCCAGGCCCAGCAGCCCAGAAUGGAUUUGGAGCAGGCUUCGGGGGAGCCAUGAAGCCCCAGAAGCCAGUGCCCCUCACGUCCACCCCUGUUUUUCCUCCCCAGGAUAUGGUCAUGGAAAUGGACUGGGAGCCCCAGCAGGCCCUGCAGCUCAAAAUGGCUAUGGACCAGGCCCAGCAGCCCAGAAUGGAUUUGGAGCAGGUAGGAGGAGAGCGGGUAGGAACCUUGGGGGGGGGGCCUGAGAGGGGCUCCGAGUCCCUCACCUGCUCCCCAAUCCUUUCCAGGCUUCGGGGGAGCCAUGAAGCCCCAGAAGCCAGGGAUGGGGCCCGGGGCACUCACCUGCUGCCUGACUCUCCACCAGGCUUUGGAGCGGUUAUGAAACCCCAGAAGCCAGGCGGUGGUGAGGGCAUGAAGCCUCAGAAGCCAGGCCUUGCAGGGGGCAUGAGCCCUCCAAAGCCAGGAUACACACCAGGAAAUGGGCUCCCACCUGGCCCGGAAGGGGGUGUGAAACCUCAGAAGCCAGGCAAGUGCGAGAGCCCCCUGCCUCUCCUUCCAGAACCCCCGGCCCCUAAAUACCCCUUACUUCCCUGCUUCUCCUCUCCAGGAUAUGGCAGCAGAAAUGGGCUGGGGGCCCCGUCAGGUCCCUGCAAUGGGAAGGUUCCUCCAUUGCUUCUCCCCAGGCUUCCCACUCCAGGAGGCCCUUCUGAUAAAGCAGGUGGCUGGGGCUCCAAGUCCCAGCCGCCUGCCCCAGUGCAGAAUGGCAAGUUCCCAGCGUACCACCCUUCAAAUGGCUAUGGACCAGGAGCAGAACUGGGCUUUGGUGAUGGCCUCAAACCUCAGAAAGUUGGUUUUAGUUACGGGUACGGUGGUCUGGGCGCUGGGGUCUUCGCCGAGGCCCUCCUGCAGCCAGGGUUCCCCGGGGCCAAUGGCUUUAGAGACCGGUACGGCGAGGAAGCACUGGUGUACCCCAGAGCUGCAGCUCCAGCCUCUGAAGGAAAUGGUCAGACUGAGGCUUUGGGGGGCUCUCCUUGGCCCUCCCUCCAGCCUUGGGGGGCUGCCUCGAAGCCUGGGUAUGAGGCCGGAGGUGCAUAUCCAGGGGUCGAAAGCCAGCCAGGAGGCCCUGAGGUGAAGCGAGGCAGCAGUGGCCGGCUGGAGAACGGCUACGGAGGCCAAUGCCCUUUUGGGAAAUGCUGAGCCCCUGAGCUGAUCCACUGUCAUCCUGAGAGCCUCUUACCAGCACCUGGUCUGCUUGGCAAGGACGGCCAGACCUUGGGCUUGGUCCCUGGCCUGGGGCCUCCUGUGGGCU